AUGGGUGUGUUUGAAACUAAGAUAAGUUAUAACAAUCAAACUGCCAUAUUGCUUAUUGUAGUAGCAGAUGUACUGAAUCAGCCACCAAUUUUGGGUCGAAAUUGGAUGGAGGUAAUUAGAUUAGAUUGGCUGUCGAUAUUUAAGGUUCGAUGCCAGGGUGACCAAGUAGGGUUGAGUGAAAUAUGUGAUAAGCACUCAGUCAUUUUUAAGGAUGGUCUUGGCACCAUGACAAAUCAUAAGGCAAAGUUAUCUGUUAAAAGAAAUGCGGAACCAAAAUUCUGCAGACCAAGGCCAGUUCCAGAUGCAUUAAAGCCAGCUAUUGAUGCUAAGUUAGAUGAGUUGAUUGCUCAAGGUAUAUUGGUACCAGUUAAUCAUGCAGAGUGGGCAACCCCUUGUGUAAUUGUACCCAAAGCAGAUAAUUCUGUGCGCAUAUGUGGGGAUUAUAAGGUGACCAUUAAUCAGUAUUUGGGUGUAGAGAAAUAUCCCCUUCCUACACCACAGGAUCUAUUUGCCACAUUGGCAGGUGGAAAAUAUUUUACAACCUUAGACUUAAGUCAAGCAUACCAACAAAUGGUCGUAGAUGAAGACUCAAGGAAGUUAUUAAGUAUAAAUACCCACAAGGGUUUAUUUCAUUAUACACGCCUACCAUACCGGAUAGCCAGUGCUCCGAGCAUAUUCCAGAAUGCUAUGGAACAAAUCUCACAGGGCCUAGAAGGCGUGAUUUGUUAUUUCGAUGAUAUUUUAAUCUCUGUAAUUGAUGAAAAACAGCACUUGGAACGCCUGGAAGCUGUACUGUCCCGAUUGGAGACGUAUGGACUGAGGUUAAAGAAAUCAAAAUGUAAAUUUAUGGUAAUGGCAUAG